AAGUACAGAAGUGCCUAACCUGGCGUGCGUACAACUCCUUGUGUUGUACGCAUCGUUGAACUCACGUCUGUCAGCCUGCGCCAGUCAACAUCCCGGUUAUCCACCUAACCCGAACCGAAAGGAACGGGUUUCCCCUCCGGCCCUCCCCAACGAUAUAGACAGAGACCAAGAGUGCCAAAUUUGGAGGGAAAAUGGACCAACCCGAGAAUCUGCCGCCCAUCGUAUCGGAACGGGUCCUCGUCAACGGCAACAUAACGCUGUUGACGCUCACCAGCGAUGGCAGGCUGAGGUGGACGGAGAGAGGUCAAAGGAGUUUGACGGUGGAGAAGGACGUGCUCGGUUUCGCGACGGAAGGCCCGAAGAUUAGGAUCAGAGCGGUCGUGGAGGGUGGAGAUAGACUUUGCUUCUUCUGGAGCAGCGCAGCUCCGGUGAGGAAGGACUUCGUGUUCCAGCCCUUGUCCGAGGACUCGCUCACGCUCUGGUGCCAGAAGCUACGUGAAUUCAUUGACUCGCUUGGACGGCCUAAACGGCUAUUUGUGUUUGUGAACCCAUUUGGUGGUAAAAAUUCUGCCUCCAAGAUUUUUGUCGAUCAUGUGAAACUUCUUUUGGAAGAUGCUGAUAUCCAAAUUACGUUGCAAGAAACUCAAUAUCAGCUUCAUGCAAAAGAAGUUGCUAAUUCACUUGAUCUUUCCAAGUAUGACGGGAUUGUUUGUGUUAGCGGGGAUGGAAUCUUGGUUGAGGUAGUGAAUGGGCUGCUCGGAAGAGAGGAUUGGGAUGCUGCAAUAAAGAUGCCUAUCGGAGUAGUUCCUGCAGGUACAGGAAAUGGCAUGGCAAAAUCCCUUCUGGAUUCAGUUGGUUAUCCUUGUACCGCACCUAAUGCUGUUCUUGCCAUCAUCCGAGGCCACAAGUGCUCACUGGAUAUAGCUACCAUUAUGCAAGGAGAAACCAAAUUUUUUAGUGUAUUGAUGCUCGCAUGGGGUCUGGUGGCAGAUAUUGACAUUGAAUCUGAAAAGUAUAGGUGGAUGGGAAGUGCUCGUUUAGAUUUCUAUGCUCUUCAACGAAUUUUACAUUUGAGGCAAUACAAUGGACGCAUUUCUUUUGUGCCUGCACCUGGCUUUGAAGCUAACGGAGAGGCAACCCAUUACCAGGGCAAAUCUACUGGCAAACAAACUAGCUGCAGUCCAAGUGAAGAGGAGCCUGUUAAGGUUCGACAUUAUGGUUACCAAGGACCUAAUAUUGACUUGGGGAAUUUAGAUUGGAGAACUAUUAAUGGACCAUUUGUCUCAAUUUGGCUUCAUAAUGUACCUUGGGGGACUGAAGACACCAUGGCAGCCCCUGAUGCCAAGUUCUCAGAUGGUUAUCUGGACUUGAUCCUUAUUAGGGAUUGCCCACAGUUAUCCUUGCUAUCACUGAUGUCGGAAUUGAACCAUGGAAAUCAUGUCAAAUCACCAUAUGUCAUGUACCUCAAGGUGAAGGCAUUCAUCUUGGAACCUGGUCCCCAAACUGAGGACCCAACAAAGGAAGGGAUCAUAGACUCAGAUGGUGAGGUCCUGGCCAGAGGGAAAGGAACGUACAAGUGUGACCAGAAGGCACCAAUGGCCUAUGAUAAACUUCAAAUAACUGUGGAUCAAGGUUUAGCUACCCUGUUUUCUCCUAUCUAGGAUUUGAUUUUAGUUUUUCUUGAACUUCAUUUGAUAGUCCACACUCCACAGAUAUCUAUUCAGAAGAAAUUUCAUGGGGAUUGUUUAUUUUA